CCUCCGGCGAGCGGGGAGACUGGCGCUGGGCGGGCCGAGAGGCUCGUCGCGCCUGCGCGAAGGCCCCGGGGAGCAGCGUCGUUACUUUCCAAACGACUGGCGGGAACCGUUGGAGGCCGUGCGGUCGCCGUCUGGUCUGCCGGGCAGCAGCGCGCUCCCUCGUCCCUAGGCCUGGCCGUGGCGCCGCAGCUCUCCCGCGAGCAGAGGCGGAAAUCGUGGCCCAGUUCUUCUCAUUUGGCAUCAACAGCAUUUUAUAUCAGCGUGGCAUAUAUCCAUCUGAAACCUCUACCAGAGGGCAGAAAUAUGGACUCACCUUGCUUAUAACAACAGAUCCUGAGCUCAUAAAAUAAUUCAAUCAUGUAGUGGACAAGUGAAAGAUUGGUUAUACAAGUGUUCAGUUCAGAAACUGGUGGUAUUCAUCUCAAAUAUUGAAAGCAGUGAAGUCCUUGAAAGGUGGAAGUUUGAUAUUGAGUGCGACAAGACUGCAAAAGAUGACAGUUUCUUUGGUAGCACACCCAGAGAAAUGUCUCAGAAGGCCAUCCAGGAUGAGAUCCUCUCCAUAAUCCGACAGAUCACAGUUACCGUGACGUUUCUGCCCUUGUUGGAAGUCUCUUGUGGAGGAAUGGAAACAUGUUCCGACUGGGCCUAUCAGGGUCUGAAAUAGAGCCCCAGAAGGGACUGAACCACACGUCUCCAGGAUUCUUCUCCCAGUGUCAUCAAUUGGAGAGAGGAGUCAAGCCUCCAUGGGAAUUCACACAGAGAAACUAGACAACAGCGGAAGGUGCCCUGCUCCAGCUGCAGGGACUCAGCCAGAAAGACUGGAAUACUACAUGACUCUACCUGCAAGUUGGGGAAGGAGAACUCAACACUAUUUGAGUAUUGAGUUGCAUUCAUUUUUUUAAAAACACUUUUUCAAAAUAAGCUAUCAUUAAAUUUUAUAUAUACAUAGUAUUUUUGCUGUAUAAUAGCAUCAUGCAUUUUCUUCCAUCAAUGUUUUCUUCUCUCAUUCUUUCACUUGUUUUUGUAACUACAUGCUGUGUUGGAAUUUGCACUUCUUUACGGGUUGGAACCAGUUUGAGAAAGGGGAGACAGAAGGCAAUUGAAAUGUAUGUUAUCAUCCAAAUGAUAGGGUUCCCUAGUAAAGCUGGGUAGAGGCUUAGACCUCAUGCAAAAACAGGGUUUGCUACUGCAUCUCCAUAAACAAGCCAUGGGAUGGCCAGAAACUGCAGUUGUCCUCACUCAAGCCCACUCCAAUAGGGGACCAAGAAACACUUUAAGUACAAAAGCUCUACACAGCUUCUAUAGGUCUUAAAAAAGGUCUGUUCUACGUUGCUUGGGAUGGUGUGAGAAAGUGAAGAGAGCGACCCCAAAUCUCUUCUCCAACACCAUGUUCUGUCAUCAGGAUUGGAGUCGAAUCCUGAAGAGGGGAAUAACGCGCAUCCCUCUGAAUGUUUGCCAGCUUUUUAAUUUUUUAAAUAUAUUACAUUGUGGGUUCCACUGGCAUCAUGUGAGUUGUUUAAGUAGCAUACUCACAGGCAUAUUUUUUUCAGUUUUAGUAAUUAUGUAUGUAUUUUCAUCUGUAGUCAGAAAGAUACCUGUUUUUUUUCCUAACAUGUUUUAACACAUAUUACCCUGAGCAAAGAUUGUAAAGUCCAUGCUGAAUACUUAAAAACAUGUAUUUGUAGAAAAGUCAUGAAGGUGGUGUACACAUGAUGGAAGGCUGAGAAACAAUGUCAUAACCCUUUGUACUCAGGCAUCAGAAGGGGACCAGGCAGCUGUCCCUCUCAGCCGAGUGGUGCAUGCUCACAGUGCUGCUGUGCUCACACAGUCCCCAAGUCUGCUUCUCCCUACACAGAGUCCUUCUGGGACUUCUUGAAGGGCAUUUUGCUUUUUGCCCAUAAAAGACUAGCACCAUGAGUCAGAUAGUACUAAGCUGAAAGUUCACUCUCUAAUUCUAUUUCUUAUCACUAAUUAUGCCCAGUCAUGUUGUCCAAAAUAGCUCACCAGACUUUAUGAUAUGAAUACAGAGAACUAUAUCCAUAUUAAAAUGUCCCAAAUUUGAACAAUAUGAAACUCAUUUUUGUUACUCAACUUCCCCACAAACUAAAUCCCCUUGCAAAUAAAAGCUCUAUGAGCUUUUAUUUAAAGUCCAAAUGCUCUCACUCUCCAUUUUAUACAAUUGGCUCAGUGUCAGCCAGAGGCUUUUACUCAGAGCCAAGGUUCCUAUAGCUGCAGCUGUGUCCUGGGAUUUCACAGGAAUGAGUAUAGCUUCUUCAGCUUCUUCAAAGUUGCUUCAAAUCUCUAAUUAGUUCUAGUCUCCAAGGGGUCAGCAAUCACAAAAGAAACUGUCCACUAUAGAAGUUGUCACAAACAAAACUGUGGUACCCCACUUAAGUGACUAUGUAAUGUCACCUGACACUGCUAUCAGAGCACAGCAGAUAACUUAGUAGCACCUAUGCUGGAGACAGCGAGGACCUGGUCUCAGUCUGGUGGCAAGCCAGCCAGCUGCACCAGCACUGAAUCCACGGCCUGUGAAUCUGUAUGACUGAGCAGAAAGUGCCCAUCAAUAGUUGUGCUUCCACAUGUUUAAUAUAGGUAUUCCUUUGCUUUUGCUGUUGUUAUUGUUUUGUUUUGGUGAUGUGUCCCGGGUCUCCCAUAUAUAUUACCUACUUUCUCUCAGAGAGUGACAUUUGAGACAUUAUUGCCUUCUUCAAAAAUAUAGAUAGGUAUUCUGGUUUCUUCAUUUUUUUGUGUCUUGUGUCUCAUGUUUUGGCUACUUUGGUACAAGAUUGUGAGACCACAAGUCUAGAGAAAACCUCUACUCCCAAAUUCUUCCAAGUCUGUUCUCUCUAGAACAGGGAAGUACACUCUCCUCUGUAAAUGCAUGAGGAAUGGGAUGAUGAACAUCACCCUACUCCCUUAGUACUAUGUUUAACUUACUAGUAUAUGACGUUUCAUUUAUUCUGAAAAUGAUAAUUGUCAUCUCUUUUCCACAGACAUUUCAUUCCUACCUAGGCAGGUUGAGUUGGGCCAGGCAAAGCAGUAGUUGGCCAGAAUCAAGAUUCUAAGAAAAUAAAAUACUGUGAUCACAGUAAGAGGCAAUGACUCAGGAUUAGUCUUUUGUCAAGAAGUAAAAGAAGGAUAACAAAGUUUAGCAAAACUUUAAGGAGAUUCUAGAUAUCACAGAUUAAAGUAGUCAAAAGUUAGUAUUCCAAAGAGUUCCACCAUUGAAAAGAUAGAACCCAAGCACAAACCAAAAAGAUUCCAAAAAAAAACUUAAAUUCAGGACAGAAACUUUUCUAGUCUCUUUUAUUCCUUCCUGCCUCCAUAGGAUCUGACUACUGGUGUGAGGAGAGAGAUUGCAGAUGGGAAGGAAGUGGUGCCAAGAGCUGCAGCUGCAAAAACUGCAAAUGAAUCUACAGUUAUCUCAAAAUAAAAUGAUUACUUUUAAAAAGUCAAAACUUGGAGGCCAAGAUAAGGAAACCAGUAUGUCAGUUUGGCAGUUACAACAUGAGCUUUGAAUAUGUGACAUCAUAAUGGCAGUGACCGCGGACCGCUGCGGAAUCUUCAGGCUUCAAGCAUUUGACAGUACUCUGCCAAGUGCUGUAGACUCACUCGAUUUCCCGUCCCGCGAAUUGAAGAGAAAAGGAUGUUCCCGUCAAUCAGAAAGCACGCUGAGCUUACAGGUGGACAUUCAAGGCUUCAGCGCAUGAGGAAGACCUCGUCUGUGGAGGUGGACACCCACAGCGAAAGCACUACAUCAUCUGAGGGUGCCACUCGUACCUUGCUCAUCCAUGGCCCCGUUGAGCUCAAGAAAGGCUGGAGGAGGCAGAAGUGGCAGCUUUUCUUGUACAGCAAUUUAUUACUGAUGUCUAAUACCAAGUAUAAGAAAAACUUUAAGAUAAAAAAGAAAAUACCACUGAACACCAUGUGGAUUGCCAACUGCAUGGAUACAGUGGGAGAUGCCAACAUCCGUUCUGGGAGGUCCUUUGUGUUGGGCUGGCCCACGGUGAACUUCGUGGCCACCUUCAGUUCUUCAGAACAAAAGGAAAAAUGGCGUUCUUACCUUCAAAGGUACAUCAUGCUAGCCAAAGAGAAGGAGCAGCCAAAAAGCAUUCUCCUCAAAAUCUUCACUGAGAACAUCAAGAACUGUGCCUGUUCUGUAACUGUAACAGUGACAAAUUCUGACACGGCAAAUGACACUAUCAACAUGUUACUAACAAUGCUGGGAAUAACCGGCUCUGAGAAAGACUUCCAGCUGUGGGUGAGUUCUGGCAAGGAAAAACUUCCACUAAUUGGACAUGAACAUCCCUAUGGAAUUAAAAUGAGCCAUCUUCCAUCUACUAAACCUCUGCCAAAGGAAGCAGAGGACUCCGUCUCUCCUUCCCCAACUCAGGAGUCCCUCCUUCUGGAGCAGAAGAUCACAGACGUGCAAAUCCAUUUCAUACUGAAGCCCAGGCACCCAGCCCAGAACAAGCAAGAGAGAGAUUCAGGCCAGAAGACCAUGAAAAGCACUGUUUUCAGAGACUGGGCCUUUUGGUGGUGCGCUGGCACUUGCCAGAAAAACCACUGCAGAGUUGCACCAUCUGCAAAACCACGACAACUCUUUGGGGUUUCCCUCACAGAUAUCUGUGAUAAGGACAACUUGCCCUUCCCAAUACUGGAUAUGCUUUCCGUGAUCAAUCGGAAAGGACCACUCCUGGAAGGCAUCUUCAGAAAAUCAACCUGUAUAAAUUCAUGCAGAAACCUAAAAGAGAAACUAAAUUCUGGGGACAGAGUUAACUGUUAUAGCAAAUCUGUUCAUGUGGUAGCAUGUGUUUUAAAGGAUUUUCUUGAAAAUAUCGAAGGAAGUUUACUUUCAUCCAAACUCUAUGAAAAAUGGCUUGGUGUUCUUAACGAAGUGACUGAGAAGGAAAAAAUAAAUGCAGCCCAGAGGCUUCUAACACAGCUGCCAAAAGCGAAUGUUGUUCUCUUGCGAUACCUUUUCGGUGUGUUAUACAACAUUGAGCAACAAUCCUCAUCCAAUCAGAUGACAGCUUAUGAUUUAUCAGUGUGUAUAGCCCCAAGUAUUCUUUGUCCACCUAAUACCUGCAGCUUGGAAUUGGAAGACAACUUCAUUAAAAAGGCUUCUCUUGUACAGUUUUUGAUUGAAAAUUGCCUCAAGAUAUUUGGAGAAGACAUCACUUCUCUCUUGGGAGAGAAUUCAAAGAGUUGUCAUAACAAUGAGAAGGCUGCAGAUUCAGUCCAGAACACCUUGAAAAGCACUUCUUUUAGAGACUCGGCCUUUUGCCAGCACAUUGGCACUUCCCAGUACAACCAGUACACAGCUCUACUGUCUGCAAAACCAGGACAGCUCUUUGGAGUUUCCCUUAUGGAUAUCUUUGAUAAGGACAUCAUGCCCUUACCAAUACUGGAUAUGCUUUCCUUUAUCAAUGAGAAAGGACCACUCACGGAAGGCAUAUUCAGAAAACCAGGUAGUAUAAAGUCAUGUGGAAUCCUAAAGAAGAAACUAAAUUCUGGAGACAGAGUGAGGCAUUACAGCAAAUCUGUUCUUGUGGUAGCAUUUGUUUUAAAGGAUUUUCUUGAAAAUAUCGAAGGAAGUUUACUUUCAUCGGACCUCUAUGAAAAAUGGCUUGGUGUUCUUGACGAAGUGACUCAGAAGGAAAAAAUAAAUGCUGCCCAGAGGCUUCUAACACAGCUGCCAAAAGCGAAUGUUGUUCUCUUGCGAUACCUUUUCGGUGUGUUAUACAACAUUGAGCAACAAUCCUCAUCCAAUCAGAUGACAGCUUAUGAUUUAUCAGUGUGUAUAGCCCCAAGUAUUCUUUGUCCACCUAAUACCUGCAGCUUGGAAUUGGAAGACAACUUCAUUAAAAAGGCUUCUCUUAUACAGUUUUUGAUUGAAAAUUGCCUCGGGAUAUUUGGAGAAGACAUCACUUCUCUCUUGGGAGAGAAUUCAAAGAGUUGUCAUAACAAUGAGAAGGCUGCAGAUUCUGUCCAGAACACCAAGGAAAGCAGUGCUUUCACAAACUCGUCCUUUGGCCACUGUGCUGGCACUUGGCAGAACAACCAGUGCACAGCUGCACCGUCUGAAAAAUCAGGACAGCUCUUUGGAGUUUCCCUCACGGAUAUAUUUCAUAAGGACAACUUCCCGUUCCCAAUACUGGAUUUUCUUGAAAAUAUCGAAGGAAGUUUACUUUCAUCCAAACUCUAUGAAAAAUGGCUUGGUGUUCUUAACGAAGUGACUGAGAAGGAAAAAAUAAAUGCAGCCCAGAGGCUUCUAACACAGCUGCCAAAAGCGAAUGUUGUUCUCUUGCGAUACCUUUUCGGUGUGUUAUACAACAUUGAGCAACAAUCCUCAUCCAAUCAGAUGACAGCUUAUGAUUUAUCAGUGUGUAUAGCCCCAAGUAUUCUUUGUCCACCUAAUACCUGCAGCUUGGAAUUGGAAGACAACUUCAUUAAAAAGGCUUCUCUUGUACAGUUUUUGAUUGAAAAUUGCCUCAAGAUAUUUGGAGAAGACAUCACUUCUCUCUUGGGAGAGAAUUCAAAGAGUUGUCAUAACAAUGAGAAGGCUGCAGAUUCAGUCCAGAACACCUUGAAAAGCACUUCUUUUAGAGACUCGGCCUUUUGCCAGCACAUUGGCACUUCCCAGUACAACCAGUACACAGCUCUACUGUCUGCAAAACCAGGACAGCUCUUUGGAGUUUCCCUUAUGGAUAUCUUUGAUAAGGACAUCAUGCCCUUACCAAUACUGGAUAUGCUUUCCUUUAUCAAUGAGAAAGGACCACUCACGGAAGGCAUAUUCAGAAAACCAGGUAGUAUAAAGUCAUGUGGAAUCCUAAAGAAGAAACUAAAUUCUGGAGACAGAGUGAGGCAUUACAGCAAAUCUGUUCUUGUGGUAGCAUUUGUUUUAAAGGAUUUUCUUGAAAAUAUCGAAGGAAGUUUACUUUCAUCGGACCUCUAUGAAAAAUGGCUUGGUGUUCUUGACGAAGUGACUCAGAAGGAAAAAAUAAAUGCUGCCCAGAGGCUUCUAACACAGCUGCCAAAAGCGAAUGUUGUUCUCUUGCGAUACCUUUUCGGUGUGUUAUACAACAUUGAGCAACAAUCCUCAUCCAAUCAGAUGACAGCUUAUGAUUUAUCAGUGUGUAUAGCCCCAAGUAUUCUUUGUCCACCUAAUACCUGCAGCUUGGAAUUGGAAGACAACUUCAUUAAAAAGGCUUCUCUUAUACAGUUUUUGAUUGAAAAUUGCCUCGGGAUAUUUGGAGAAGACAUCACUUCUCUCUUGGGAGAGAAUUCAAAGAGUUGUCAUAACAAUGAGAAGGCUGCAGAUUCUGUCCAGAACACCAAGGAAAGCAGUGCUUUCACAAACUCGUCCUUUGGCCACUGUGCUGGCACUUGGCAGAACAACCAGUGCACAGCUGCACCGUCUGAAAAAUCAGGACAGCUCUUUGGAGUUUCCCUCACGGAUAUAUUUCAUAAGGACAACUUCCCGUUCCCAAUACUGGAUUUUCUUGAAAAUAUCGAAGGAAGUUUACUUUCAUCGGAACUCUAUGAAAAAUGGCUUGAUGUUCUUGACGAAGUGACUGAGGAGGAGAAAAUAAAUGCAGCCCAGAGGCUUCUAGCUCAGCUGUCAAAUGUGAAUGUUGUUGUCUUGCGGUACCUUUUUGGAGUGUUAUACAGCAUUGAGCAAGAAUCCUCACCCAACCAGAUAACACCUUAUGAUUUAUCAGUGUGUAUAGCCCCAAGCAUUCUUUGUCCACCUAAUUCUGGCAGCUUGGAAUUGGAAGAGAACUUCGUAAAAAAGGCUUCUCUUAUACAGUUUUUGUAUGAAAAUUGCCUCGGGAUAUUUGGAGAAGACAUCACUUCUCUCUUGGGAGAGAAUUCAAAGAGUUGUCAUAACAAUGAGAAGGCUGCAGAUUCAGGCCAGAAGACCACUAAAAGAAGUCUUUUCAGAAGGUUAGCCUUUUGGUGCUGCGGUGGUAUUUGCUGGAACAAGUGCACAGCUGAGCCUUCUGCAGAACCCAGAGAGCGCUUUGGAGUUCCCUCUCGCGGAUAUCUGUAGUAAUGACAACUUGCCCUUCCCAAUUCUGUGACAGAAAAACCACCUGUUGAAUCCAAGCCAGUGAGAGAGAGAGAGUGAUUUCCAACAAGGCACAACUGCAGAAUGCUACCAAGUCCCCAUCUGGCAUGGGUCCAUCCACCUACAUGUCUACAGUUUACUAAGUCAUUGAAGACUGGAAUCUCCAUAAUGAUACUUGACACUUCCUUUUUCUUUAUUCUUCCCAUGAGUGAAAAAUGAACCCCUUCCACGAUCCAGCUAUUUCCAUUUAAAGGUUUUUCAUUGGUCCCAUAUAUUCAUAUUGAGGAAAUCUUCCCACAAAUUAUUUCCUCUAUCUUCAAUGCCUACCAUAUCUAUCAUAUUACAUAGUUUUGUAUUGUGUUGUGUUGUAUGUAUUUAUAUGAAUAAUAAUCAUUCCAUAACUCAGUAAGUUUGACAACCAUUUCCUUUGGUUAUGAUUCACAUAACACUUCAGUGGAGGCUCAUCUGAGCAGUUCUGGUCUCAGCUGAGGUCACCAGUGCACUUGCAGUUAGCCUCAAGCUCCUCUGGAGCUUACCUAGGUGUCUAUUGUUGCUGUCUCUCAAUUGGUCCCCAUGUCUUCAAUAAGGUAGCUUCUCCUCCUUUCAUAUGGUGGAGGAAGAGUUCCCAGAAGCAAGAGGGACUUUUCAAGAGUUAAUGUGGGAGAGGACUGUGCAAAGGACCACGCCAAAGGUGGUGGUUUACAAGAUGAGGAAGCAAUAUUUCUUGAGACAACACAUCAUAAAACUCACAGCAGCACCAGUACCACACAUAUCCUUUCCUUCACUGGCUUUUCAUCCUCAGUUCUCCACACCAGCAUUUCCUAAGGGGUAUUCCAAGCAUGGUAGGUAGAAUCUUUGAAAUACUAACUCAUUUUUUUACCUCAGGUGUUCCUUCCCUCAUCCUUCUUCCUGUCUUAAUCUGCUUACAAGGCAACUAAAUCACCUCCUCAGGGCAUAGAAGCAAGAGGAGAAUAUGAGGAAAAUGGAGUUCUUUGUUGCUUAUGAGUUUUACAGAUUUAGCUUUCUAAGAAACAAAAAUGAUUUGUGACAUAGAGUAGAAGAUUUACGUGGCAAUCUCAUGGGAAAAGCCCAAAACCACUAGGCAGGUACAUGGGAUAUCUGCACCAUUCCUGGAUGGAAACCAAAAGGAAGCAGAAAUUCCUCACAGAAUAGUGAGCUGACAUGUCUAAGAGAGAUGGGGCCCUCUACAUCCACGCAGAGUUUCUUAUACCUCAACAUGGAACAGAUCAGUUAGUAAAAGUAUCUCCAUCAGUCCCAGAAUAGUAUGGAAGAAAUAGAAAGCCACUGGGUCUGAAAGACAUGCCUCAGCAACAGGAGUACAGACCAAUUUCCCAGGACCAGAGAAUCAAACUAGACAUCAAGUGAGCUAUUUAGUACUACAGAACUGUACAUUUCUUACACAUGCCUGUGUAUAGACUGAGAGUGGUAUCAGUGCAUAUAGAAUAUAUGAUCCAUGCAUUGUUUUCCCUUUCCCAGAAAGGGUUCCCUUGUCAAAUAGGUUUGGGAAGUUCAUGCUUUCCUCUUGGAAGUCAAAUGUGCCAGUUUAUUCCACAUUUAGUUGACAUUAUUUGACCCUUUCGAAGUGACCCCAUUAAUUAAUGUUCCUUGGAAUAUUAAUAAACAUUUCUCUAAAUUUAUUUCUUAGGUCAUAGUUUAACAUUCCACUCCCUGCUUAGAAGCCAUCAAUGGAUUUCAAUAAAUCUUUGGUGUUUUCCUUUUUUUGUCCAAAAAAAAAAAUCUCAUCUUUAAAAUCCUCCCCAAUGCAGCCUGCUCUAGUAAUUAGUAUUGUCUUCACUCUUUCCCAGUGCAGAUCCUUUAGUUUAGCUGGGUCAGACAUAUCCUUGGUUCCUGAACACAGCACACUCACUUUUCUACUAUAAUUCUCACCUCUUCUUGGACUCUGCAUUGCCACACACUAUGUAGGCUAGCCAUUUGGGUUCUCCAAUCCCAGUAAUUUCACAAAGCCUUUCUGAUCUCAAUUUAAUUUUUUCUUUAUAAAAUAUGAGCACCUAACCCUACUAGACAGUGGCUCACAUGCUGCUUUGACCAUCAGGAAUUAUGCUGAUGUGUUCAUACGUUAUACAGAAAAUCCAAAUUCCUGAGGUAAACAACUGUAUCUUGUGUUAGUUUUAUAGUACUUUUAAAGCCUGGCUAAAUGUCUACUCAAAAAAAUGUACGAAUUAAUAUGUUCAAUUUUCUAAGAGUAUAGAGAUUUUAUAGAGACUGGUAGAAACUGCAAGUUUUAAAACAUGAGGUUGAACACAGCACAUGAAAUUUUAGGGGGCGACAAUAAGACAUAGGUUUGAGUAAUUGUUUUAGAUAUGACUUCACAGGCUGAGUCACAUGUUCUUGGAUAGACUAUUUUUAUUCAUUAUACAAACAACGUGAUAUUGGUGUGAUAUAUUUGGGAAUAAUUGCAUGUUUGUAUGAAAUUUAAAUAUCAACAAUCCAGAAUAAAAGGGGCAAAACACAUAGCUGGGUAAGGCAUCUGUGAGUUUUUAAACCAAGGAAGAUAUUGGAAAAAAAGGAAAGAAAGAAAUUGACAAGAAGAGGAGAUAGAAAUACAAGGAGGUAUAGAAAAGCUGAAACAACUAAUUUGUCAAUUGUGACUCAUAGAAGAGAUUUCUGACAUAGGGAAAUAGUUAAUAAAUGUUAGUUUUGCCCUCAGGAUACUCCAGCAUAAUAUCUCUGAGAACAGCAAUUCAUUUCUUAAUUUUGAAGAAAAGAUCCUGAGAACUCUGAUAAACUGUAAAAGGAUCUAACUGCAUAAUCUAGAAUGAGUGACAGGCAAUUAGGUGUUCCCCAUUGGCCUUUACCAUACCUGGGAGUAAGAUGUGUGUAAUCAUUAGUUAAUAUGCACUUAGUGAUACAGUUAAGGUUAAACAUGUCUAAAAGUAAAAUAAAGGUACUUAGAAUGACUAUCUUACUUUAUUCCAGAAAGAAAGUUACUCACAGGCUACCAGUAUAAGAAAACUAUUUCUCAAAAUUGGUGGAUCAAUUACCAUGAUGAAUCUCUCUCUCUCUCUCUCUCUCCCUCUCUCUCUCUAAUAACACUCAGUUUUUAUUCAUACGAGGAACAUGUAAGAAUUUGGUGAAUGGAAUAUAUACCAGUACAAGAAACCAGCUUUUUUUCAGAGAGCACUGAACAAUGCCUUUUAUAUUUUUCUGUAAUUCUUUCUAUGCUAGUCGAAUGGGCCAAUAAAUACUCUGAAGAUUUAUAGUGGA